AAAUCCUACGUGAUGCUAAAUUGCUAAUAAUAUUCCUACUUGGUAGUAGUAAGAAGAGAGAGAAAGUCGUAGAGCGACUGAACUAGCUCUCUUUGCUGCUUUGAAUCACAGAUUUCCCCUGAUUUCACUGUAAAUUUUCGAAUUUCCUCCAUUUUAAUUCAACUAAUUGUCCGUUUUGAAGAGUUUGAUUUUUGCAUUUUGAUGAUGAGCGAGGAUACUAAGGUGGAAGUUCAAGAGCCGGUGACAAAUGGGAGUAAGUCUGAUGUAAAAGAAGUGGAAACUGUGGAAGGGAAAAAAGAAAAUGGAAUGAAGGAAAUGGAGGAAGAUAAAAAAGAGGAAAACGAUGGCGAAGGUGGGGAUAAAACAGUUGACAAGGUGGAUGAUGAUAAGGAAAUUAAGGACGAUAAGGAAACCAAUUUAGAGGAAGAUAAGGAGGAGCCUAAAGCUCAGGCAAUGGAGGAGGAACCAAGCAUGAAUGAGGAUGCAAAUGAUAUUGAAAUGGUCGAGAAAGUUCAGGUUUUGGAAGAGAACAAGGAGGAGGAGAAAGAGGAUGGAGAUGAGAAGGUAAAAGACGAAGAAGAAGCAAAGGAAAGUGAAGACAGAAAGGAAGAAGGGGAAGAAGAGGAAAAAGAUGAGGGGAAGGAGAGUGAAAAGGAGGAGAAAGAAGAAGAGAAAAUAAAGGAAAAUGAAGAAGAAGAGGAAAAGGAGGAGAAACCUUCAAAGAAGCGCAGUAGGAGUAAAAGUACUGAGGAUAUGAGUGCUGAUAAGAAAACAAAACUUGCCCAGAAAGUGCAGGAGCCUAAGACUCCAACUUUUGAUCGUCCAGUACGUGAAAGAAAAUCUGUAGAAAGGUUGGUUGCGACAAUUGAGAAAGAUACUUCUAGGGAUUUUCACAUCGAGAAGGGUCGUGGAACGCCACUGAAAGAAAUACCCAAUGUUGCAUACAAGUUAUCCAGGAAAAAGACGGAAGACACUUUUAAGUUGCUUCAUAUGAUUCUGUAUGGAAGAAGAGGCAAGGCUGCUCAAGUUAAACAUAAUAUAUCCCGGUUUUCAGGUUUUGUUUGGCAUGAUAAUGAGGAGAAGCAGAGGAUGAAAGUCAAGGAAAAGUUUGACAAAUGCGUCAAAGAGAAGUUGCUUGAAUUUUGUGAUGUACUUGACAUACCUAUCACUAAAACUACCACUAAAAAGGAAGAUAUUUUAUCCAAGCUGCUCGAAUUUUUGAUGGCUCCUCAUGCUACUACUACAGAACUACUUGCUGAGAAAGAUCAGGGAAAGAAGCGCAAGCGACCUGCAACAAAAAGUGUAACAUCUACGUCACCAUCUUCAACAAGCUCUGCAAAGAGCCGUAAGAAGACAGGUGAUGCCUCGAAAAAACAAGAAAAAAAGAGCACUUCGGAGUCUGAUGAUGAUUCCCAGGAGGACGAAGACAAUGAGGAAGGAGAGAAAGAGAAUGGAGUCACAGAAAAAUUGGAGGAUGCAAAAUCUGAAGACUCUGAGAGUGAAGAAAAAAAAGACACUUCUGAGACUGAAGAAGUUACACCAAAAGAGAAAGCGAGCUCUGGAAAAGCAAAAAAAGAAACCAAAAAAAAGACCCCAAUCAAAGAAUCUUCAGGAAAGGCUGCUAGCAAAGUAGUAGUCACUCCCAGGAAAGCCAGGUCAAAAGGAACACCCAGAAAAUCGUCAUCAAAUCAUUCCAAAGGUGUUAAGAUCGAAGACAAAAGUCCCAAGGUGUUCUCAAGGAAGAAAAAAGUUGAAGAGCCAAAGAAAGAAAAUUCUACAGCUUCGAAGAAACCUGCUAAGAAGGAAAAAUCUUCUGGGAAAAAGGCUGUAAAAGGGAAGGAAAAAAUCAAAGACAAGUUGAAGCCAAGUGAUGAUGAGCUUAGGAAUGCAAUAUGUGACAUUCUUAAAGAAGUUGACUUUAAUACGGCAACCUUUACCGAUAUUCUGAAGCUACUUGCAAAGCAAUUCAAUACUGAUCUAGCACCGAGAAAAUCAGCAAUCAAGCUUAUGAUACAGGACGAGCUCACAAAACUAGCCGAAGAAGCUGAUGACGAAGAUGAAGAAGAGGAAGAAGAUGCUGGUAAAAAUGAAGCCAGCCUGCAAACAAAGAUGUGUUCGCUUGAUACAUAACUCGGCAGCAGAACAAUCGGUAAAUUACGUGAUUGACCAUCCUGAGCCGCCUUUUUUCUGCGCUGGUAUUAAAGAAAAAUAGAUAGUAUUAACUUCUUGUAGUCGCUCAUACUUGUUUAUUCCAUAGUUUGUACAAGUAACUGUUAUAUAUCAAUAGUUGUCUGUAAUAUUCUGGCAAACAAACUAGUCUUGCUAGAGGUAGUCGUAGAACAGUUGAUGCGAUCCUUAUGCUGCACAAUGCAUGCUGGUUGUAAUAUACACAUUCUUGAACCCGUUCUUUUUUUUUGACCUUUUCUAUUUGAAUCAACAUUUUGCGAUUAAAA